GCUGGGCAGCAGCUGCCCUGCUCAGCUCAGCUGGAUUUUCCAUGCUCCUGCUAAUUAGCAGAGGGAAGCUGACUAAUUGCUGACGUCACCUCUUUCCAGUCCAGCUUACAUUUUGUUCCUGACUCCCUCCAAGCAUGUGGGACUCUGCUCAGGAAUUCUCUGUCACACACACACACACAGGAUGCUCUGAGAGGUUUUUUUUCACCAGGGGCUGGGCUGCCUUUGCUUUAUAAAGGCUGCAUGCAGCAUCCAGGGCUCCUGAAAAUAUCAGGAUUUCUGCUGGAAAACGCUGGGAAAAUGCAUUUCCGAAAUUUCCAUUACACUUUCAGCUCGCUCAUCGCCUGCCUGGCAGAUGGGGAGGUCUUCACCCAGCCAGAAACAAGGGCCAAAUUUGAAUCCCUGUUCCGACCCUAUGACAGGGACCUCACCUUUCAGUAUUUUAAAAGUUUCAAAAGAGUGAGAAUCAACUUCAGCAACCCUUUGUCUGCAGCAGAUGCCAGGCUCCAGCUGGACAAGACAGAAUUCCUUGGAAAAGAACUCAGACUCUAUUUUGCUCAGACUUUGCACAUUGGCAGCUCCCACCUGGCCCCCCCAAACCCAGACAAGCAGUUCCUGAUCUCCCCCCCUGCCUCCCCCCCUGUGGAUUGGAAGCAAGUGGAGGAUGCCACUCCAGUCAUUAACUACGACCUCUUAUAUGCAAUUUCCAAGCUAGGACCAGGUGACAAAUACGAGCUGCACGCCGCCACUGCCACCACCCCCAGCGUGGUGGUGCACGUGUGUGACAGUGACCAGGACAGUGACCAGGAGCAGGGCAGGAAACCCAAACCCAAAAUCAUCCAGACCCGCCGGCCGGACUUCAGCCCCGCCCACCUGAGCUGAGCCCAGCUGAGCCCAGCCUGGCUGAGCUGAGCUGAGCUGAGCUGAGCUGCUGCUCUCCCAGGAUGUGCAGGAAAAGCCAAGCAGGGAACAGCAGCUGCUGCUCUGGGGGCGGCUGCAGGAGAAUUCCAAGCUAAGUUUGCUCCAGAUGGAGGAAUUCCAGUCUAAGUCUGCUCCAGCUGAAGGAAUUCCAAGAUAAGUUUGCUUCAAAUGGAGGAAUUCCAUACUCAGUUUGUUCCAAGUGAAGGAAUUCCAAUCUAAGUUUGUUCCAGCUGAAGGAAUUCCAUACUCAAUUUGCUCCAAGUGAGGAAUUCCAUUCUCAGUUUGCUCCAAGUGAAGGAAUUCCAUGCUCAGUUUGU